AAACUGAUUGAGGAGUGGAACCAGUUCUAUCCCAUCAGCCCCAGCUCUAAAGACAAGGACAAAGACAGCUCGCCAUCGGAGGACAAGAUGGAGUACAUGGACUGGGAGGACGACUCGCUGGCCGCUGUGGAGGUCCUCGUCGGUAAGACUCUCUCUUGCCUAAAAUUCUGCAUGGAUCACAUACACAUACUUAACCGUUAACCGUGAGUGGGUGUCUGUCUCUCUCUCCAGGUGGUGUGAGGAUGGUGUACCCAGCCUGCCUGGUGCUGGUGCCCCAGUCUGACAUCCCAGCCGUGGCCCCCCAGGGGUCCUCCCACUGCACCGCCGUCUACUCGGGUGUCCACCAAGUGCCUGCAUCCCAACGAGACCCUGCCAUCUCCUCAGUCACCCUCACGCCCCCCACCUCACCCGAGGAGGCCCAGACAGGUACAAUGAGUACGUGGAUAGAAAAAUGUCGACCUAUAUUUAAAUCUGUCUGUAUAUUAUAGAUUAGGUCAGCGGUCACCAAUCGGUCGACCGCGAUUGACUGGUCGAUCUCCAAGGCAUUUCUAGUCGAUCGGCAAACAUUUCUGUAAAAAGAUAAAGCUGCGUUCCUAUUUUUUAUAUUUGUCUCUCGCUGUUGGUGGUAGGUGCACCCGAUUCAGCUGCCCUGCACGCCAUGUAAGCGAAGGGUUCCGAUUUUGAACCAUUUCAUGUGUCUGAAGGUACAAACUCUGCCUUUCCGGCGGGCCCGGCGAGCAUAUCAAGUGCACUAUAGGCCUACUGCUGGCCAAUCGGAUGGCUCAGAUUACCGUAUCUGUAUUAACGUAGCAGGCGUAAAAGAAAGCUACAGCAAAGUUGAUACUGCGAGUUUUUUAAACUUUUAAAACCAUGACUAGAGAGAGUCUGUCAACGAAUACAGCAAAGAACUGCUGUUUUUAUGAGUGAGUUCAUGUUUAAGUUCUUACUCAGCACUGUCAACACUUUAUAUUCAACACUUUUAUAAGCCAUAAAAUGUGCAACCUUCCUACUUCCACUCGCGCAACAACCAGCACUGCAGCUGUAAUGAAUGAGUAGGUAAGUGUAUCGAUAGGCUUGCAGAAAUUAUGCGGUGCGACUGGAGUUUCGCCAUCAGCUGGAAGACGGUGUUCCCUUUUUGGUCAGUGUCAACGGAAGAAAGGGACAGCGGAGGGGCGUUGAGAGGCGGACCCUCAGUCUGCUGUUCUCUCCCUCCGCUGAUGCUGACCAUCAGAUGCAGGCACCAUCAGCCCAGUAAAAUAAAAAUAAAAAGCAAAUUAUUUGAAUGUAUGCUCACUCAGCUGUGCCUCAGAAGUAAUACAAUAUCUGAUCUAUUACCAGUGUGAUCAUAUAGCCUACUUCAAAUUUUGAAAUAUAAUUUUAAAAAAUAUCCGACAACGAUGCAUUGGCAGGGCAAUUCAAGCAAAGCCAAUAUGUGGUGAUAAUAUGGGCCUAUAGCCUACUGCACAAACCUCAUUGCUACUGUACUGUUUUUAAUAGGUUAAUGUAGCAUAGGCUUACAUUUUUUAAAUAAUGUUUACAAAAAUUAGAGUGGUAGAUCUCGGUUUGUAUUUUGACUCAGAAAGUGAUCUUGACUCAGAAAAGGUUGGUGACCACUGGAUUAGGUAAAUAUGAUAUAUCAUAUUUCAUAAAUCAUAUUGUAAUAGAUUAUAUAUAUCUGGAGAGUUGCUGUGACAUAUGUCCCUCAUACAUGGGCGCCUGACUUUGUCUGAAAGUGGGGGUGCAAAUUGCAAAAAAUAAAAUAGAAUAAAACAUUUUACAAUAUUUUUGGGGGGGCAUAUUUAAAAUAAUUUCCUGCAAUUUUACACUGUUUCUUCACAGGGGGUAUCCAUAUUUAUAAACAUAAAACAAUUUUUCUUAGGUUUUGCCACAAUAAAUUAUACUGAAAAUCUGUUUUAAUGACUAGAUUACUAAUCUACUCCCUUCCCUGAAAAUCCCACCCACAAUAAUUAAUUGACAGGUCUGAAACCCUACCAACCCUGUGACUCACAAACAUCCCACCCCCUUCCUUGAAAACCCCACCCAUAGGGAUUGAUUGACAGGUCUGAAACCCUACCAACUCUGUGACUCACACAAGUAUCCUGCUCCUCCCCUGUCAAUUCCACCCACAGUGAUCGAUUCACAGGCAAAACUAUUAAGAAUGUGGCCAAGGUAAUGCAUGACAAUGAGGAAAUGAAAACGAAAAUGGGAGGAAUAAUAUUGUUUUACCCAAUAAGAAUUAUAAUGUUUUACUUGGUAGGUUAAGAAAAAGCAUUGUUAAAUUGCACAUUAAGUUAUCAUUUUCUUUUUGUCACAAAUAACAGAAUCACAAUAAUGUAAUACAAUGACAAAUGUUAAUUUUUGUAUUUUAUUUAUUUCUCUAUAUGGCAGUGUUAUCUGUUAGGGGAUUGAAAAACAACUGUUAACUUGGAAAUGCAUUAUCACAUAUACCAUUUCUUGGCAGCAAUUUAUAUCCAUAAAUUGCGGCCCCGAAUCUGCAAUAAAAACAAUAAAAUGUAGCUCCGGUAAUAUGGGUCAUAUUUGAAUGGUUUGGUCUAGAGCAGGGGUCACCAAUCUUUUCUUUAAUAAGAGCUACUUCAUACUAUUUUGUUUUCACGAGUUACUCAUAUACAGCCUGCAUAUUUUGUUAUUGUGUAGGUCUAAUUUGAUGAAUAGAAACAAAGAACAGCACUGCAUACAAAAUGUAAUUGUGUUUUGGUUCUUAAAACCACACAUUUUGAACAAAAAUCUAUCUACUAUAGCCUACCUUUUUAAGAUGAAAUGGUUUUACAUUUGAUCAAAUCUGUAGCCUGCAGUUAUUGUAAUUCUUUUUAAUAGUUUCAAGUAAUGUCACAUGCACAAGUACAGUAAAAUGCCUUUCUUGCAAACUCAAAACCCAACAAUGCAAUAAUCAAUAACAAUGUAUUACUAGAAGAAAACACAUGAGAAAUAAGAAUAGGAAAUAUGAAAUACACAAUAAAGUAAGUAAGUAAGCAUGCUAUAUACAGGAAAUGUUUAAAAAGUCAGUUCCAAUAGCAUAUUUACAUGUGCAGGGAUACUGGAGUGAUGGAGGUAGAUAUGUAUAGGGGUAAGGGGACUAGGCAACAGGAUAUAAGAUAAACAGAGUAGCAGCAGCUUGUAUGUGAGUGGGUGUGCGGGUGUGUAGAGUCAGUAUAAAUGUAUGUGCAUAUUAUGUGUGAGUGAGCAAAUUAUGGAGUGACAGUGUGUGUAGGGCCCUGUGAGUGUGCAUAGAGACAGUGCAAAGGUUGAAAUAAAAAGUCAAUAAAGAUACAAGGUUAACUCAGAUAGUCCGUGUAGAUAUUUUGUUAGCUAUUUAUCAGUCGUAUUACCUGGGGAUAGAAGCUGUUCAAGAGCCUGUUGGUGUCAGACUUAACAGUGUCCUUUAAAACAACAAACCACAGUGAGUAGGCUACAUAUUUGAAUUGUGAAGAAACAGAAUAAUCAUGAAAAAUAUGAGGAAUAACAAAAGUGUAGUCUCAGAAAACACACUACUUGACCAUUACGCUUUUUUUGACGCAACGAGGGUAGAAAUUGCUUAUUUGGUCGAUAUUACCUACCGAGCAAAGCAGAGCUGUUUUAUCAAUGUACAAAUAUCCUGUACUUUUUCAUUUUGUGCAUACAGACAGCUUGGCUACAUUGCAGGGGUUGGAACCGGUAUUUUGUUUGUGGAACAGAAUCAGAACCGCGUAAGUGACCUAUACUGUUCAGAAAAGUUGUUUUAAAAGCAUGGGAAGCAGUUAAUAAUGUUAUUUUACAUUCCGGGCAUUUUUUUCCAGUCCCACAAAAAACGCAACAAACCGCCUAUGCAAAGCCCUCACUCUGUCACUCAGAAACAUUCCAGUGUCUGCCUGCCAGCUGAAAAUCUUUGCCAGUGUGUGCUUGUGUAGGCUACCUCCCCCUCCCCCGCCAAAGCAUAGUCUACUGUAGCCUACUGAUGUUACAAGCGUGAUUCAGAAAUUAGGAAGAUAGAUUUUUAAUUAGAGAAUAAUGGAUUAACUUUUUAAAUGCUAGUUAAUGAUACUAUAGUUAUCACGUUUCACAUUGGUUUUAUUAACAAAAAAAAUGUUUUAUUUAAAUUCUGGUGCCGCUCUGCACACACAAGCUUGUUAGCUAGCUAGCUAGCUUUCGUCCAAAGUUAAGCCAACUCUCUGAAGUUCAAUGACAUUCAAAGUUCCUUCAUAGAAGCUGCACCUCUGUAGGUAUAAUUCAGUCAGCCUAAUUCAGAUAAUGCAUGUCAUAACAACAAGAUGCCCAGCGUUUCAAGCCAAGCCUCCUCCUCCAUGCUCUCUUGCUCUCUCCCCACCCACAAAACUUCUAUCACAUCUCGCGCCCUACACUUGUCUGUCCAAUGCAUGUAAAUAGCUUGCCCCUCCAUAGCAAGCUGCUCUAUCUGCACUGAUUGGUUAAGUAAUUUAAUGUUGAGCUAAAUGUUAAAAAACAUUGAUUUUAGAGGGGAAAAAAAGAAAGAAGAAUGGUUCUGUUCAGAACAACUGGCCUUGUGGUUAGAGUGUCCGCCCUGAGAUUGGAAGGCCGAGUCAUACAAAAGAAUGGGACCUGAUUCGUCUCUGCUUGGCACUCAGCAUUAAGGAGAUAGAUUGGGGGUAAGGCCCUGCGAUAGACUAGCGUCCUGUCCAGUUGGUGUACUUGUACAUCAAGCUGCCUCGCGCUACAGAAACAGGAGAUAGGCUCCUGCCUUAUGAGCCGUUCCGGCUCACACAAGCCAAGGCUCGUGCAAGGCUACUUACAGUACGUACUUACUCAGAACGAAAAGAUUGGAAAGUAAUUUGGGUUCCAACCCCUACUACAUUGUAACCGCGAAGCGGCCAUGAUGCGCUCGCAUAUGGGGCUCAGCCCGGACUGUUACAUUUGUAACUGAGUGAAAACAUUUUAACGAUGUGAUUGAACUGAUUGACGUUGGGAAAAUAGAUAGCAAAAAAGCAGAAUGGUGUUAAAUGCCUGUAAACAGCUUGUGGAUAAUUUCCCCCCAAAAAAUUGUAUCAUCUAAUAUUAGGCCUACUGAUUAUUUCUCAGUAUCUACUUUGCGAGCUACUCAUUGACAGCCCGCGAGCUGCUGGACAUGCAGUUUCUCAUAAGAAUCUCAAUUGCAUACUCCUCACGUCAUCUCCUCGCUUCCUUCUCAAAACCCAUUGGAUGAGAAAGCCAGAGGUCCCUCCCCUCUGACCUUCUCCAAUGGGUUUUGAGAAGGAGGCGAGGAGAGAGGAGAGAGGACACAAGCAACUGAGAUUCUCCCAGAGACUGAGAUACAGCGAAGCCUAAUCAGACAUGCCCGUGCUCAUCAUGGUUUUUACAGGCAAAGUGAAAUGACAAAAUUUGCUUGUGUUGCAUGCCGCUCAAAUGAUAUGUAACAACACCCUGAGUGCAUCGGACAUGAAACAACGAUAUGAAUGUAACAACAGCGCAACAAAAUAGACAAAAAGACCAGUGGUGCAACUAGUGAUUUCUAACUGCACUGUACCAAAACAGUGGCGAGCGGGAGCGAAGCAAAACUUUAGAGUGGGCAAAACCAUUUAUCUUACGGCGACGGGGGGAGGGGGUGCAAAAUGCAAUCUUUUAAUUAAUUAUAUAGUGUAUAAAAUGGCCAUAUCUAUUUUAAUACAGACUAGCUCAAAACAUUACUAAUCAUUGAAAAUUACCCAAUGGAUCAGGAUACUUUUCUGGUAAAAAAACAAAUUGGGGUGCAAAAACAUACACUACCGUUCAAAAGUUUGGGGUCACUUAGAAAUGUCCUUGUUUUCCAUGAAAACAUACAUGAAAUGAGUUUGAAUAGGAAAUAUAGCAAAAUGCAUAGGAAAUGUAGUCAUUGACAAGGUUAGAAAUAAUGAUUUUUAAUAGAAAUAAUAAGUGUGUCCUUCAAACUUUGCUUUCGUCAAAGUAUCCUCCAUUUGCAGCAAUUACAGCCUUGCAGACCUUUGGCAUUCUAGUUGUCAAUUUGUUGAUGUAAUCUGAAGAAAUUUCACCCCAUGCUUCCUGAAGCACCUCCCACAAGUUGGAUUGGCUUGAUGGGCACUUCUUACGUACCAUACGGUCAAGCUGCUUCCACAACAGCUCAAUAGGGUUGAGAUCCGGUGACUGUGCUGGCCACUCCAUUAUAGACAGAAUACCAGCUGACUGCUUCUUCCCUAAAUAGUUAUUGCAUAGUUUGGAGCUGUGCUUUGGGUCAUUGUCCUGUUGUAGGAGGAAAUUGGCUCCAAUCAAGCGCCGUCCACAGGGUAUGGCAUGGCGUUGCAAAAUGGAGUGAUAGCCUUCCUUCUUCAAGAUCCCUUUUACCUGUACAAAUCUCCCACUUUACCACCACCAAAGCACCCCCAGACCAUCACAUUGCCUCUACCAUGCUUGACAGAUGGCAUCAAGCACUCCUCCAGCAUCUUUUCAUUUGGUCUGCGUCUCACAAAUAUUCUUCUUUGUGAUCCGAACACCUCAAACUUCGAUUUGUCUGUCCAUAACACUUUUUUCCAAUCUUCCUCUGUCCAGUGUCUGUGUUAUUUUGCCCAUCUUAAUCUUUUAUUUUUAUUGGCCAGUCUGAGAUAUGGCUUUUUCUUUGCAACUCUGCCUAGAAGGUCAGCAUCCCGAAGUCACCUCUUCACUGUUGACAUUGAGACUGGUGUUUUGCGGGUACUAUUUAAUGAAGCUGCCAGUUGAGGACCUGUGAGGCGUCUGUUUCUCAAACUAGACACUCUAAUGUAUUUGUCCUCUUGCUCAGUUGUGCACCGGGGCCUCCCACUCCUCUUUCUAUUAUGGUUAGAGCCAGUUUGCGCUGUUCUGUGAAGGGAGUAGCACAUUAGAGGCUGCUGCUGCCUAUUGAAAUCACUGGCCACUUUAAGAAAUGGAACACUAGUCACUUUAAUAAUGUUUACAGUCACUUUAAUAAUGUUUACAUAUCUUGCACUACUCAUCUCAUAUGUAUAUACUGCAUUAUAUUCUAUAAUAUUCUGCUGUAUCUUAGUCUAUGCCGCUCUGUCAUUGCUUGUCCAUAUAUGUAUAUUUUCUUAAAUUCCAUUCCUUACUAGUUUUUGUGUGUAUUAGGUAUAUGUUGUGAAAUUGUUAGAUAUUACUUGUUAGAUAUUACUGCACUGUCGGAGCUAGAAGCACAAGCAUUUCGCUACACCCGCUAUAACAUCUGCUAAACACGGAUAUGUGAUAAAUAUAAUUUGAUUUGAUUUGAUUUGAUUUGAUUUACACAGCGUUGUAUGAGAUCUUCAGUUUCUUGGCAAUUUCUCGCAUGGAAUAGCCUUAAUUUCUGAGAACAAGAAUAGACUGACAAGUUUCAGAAGAAAGUUAUUUGUUUCUGGCCAUUUUGAGCCUGUAAUCGAACCCACAAUUGCUGAUGCUCCAGAUACUCAACUAGUCUCAAGAAGGCCAGUUUUAUUGCUUCUUUAAUCAGCACAACCGUUUUCAGCUGUGCUAACAUAAUUGCAAAAUGGUUUUCUAAUGAUCAAUUAGCCUUUUAAAAUGAUAAACUUGGAUUAGCAAACACAACAUGCCAUUGGAACACAGGACUGAUGGUUGCUGAUAAUGGGCCUCUGUAUGCCUAUGUAGAUAUUCCAUAAAAAAUCAGCCGUUUUCAGCUACAAUAGCCAUUUAUAACAUUAACAAUGUCUACACUGUAUUUCUGAUCUAUUUUAUUUUAUUUUAAUGCACACAAAAAUGAUUUUCUUUCGAAAACAAGGACAUUUCUUAAUGACCCCAAACUUUUGAAUGGUAGUGUAUGCUUGCACCUCUAUUUUAAAAGAGGGGAGGCAGCUGCUCAGUUUGCUCAAUUGCUCAGGUGCCUAUGCCCCCAUAUAGUGUGCAGUGGUCAAGAGGUGUGUUGUCAAAGCUGGUUAUUGUAGGACAAUAAGUAUUGUCACUUGUGGUUUGGUGAGCCGAUUCUUAACCUCUCCCUCCCAUUCCUCCCUCCCCCAGUGGACUCCCAGUCGGCUCUGAAGUGGGUGAAGAUGUCGUCGGCUGUGGACGGCUUCAGUGUGGACAGCACCGGUCACCACGGGGGGAAGAUCCCUCACAGGCUAGCCAGCCAGGUGGUGGAGAGGGUCUGGCAGGAGUGCAAUAUCAACAGAGCUCAGAACAAGUACGUCUGUCUCUGCUACUGUCUCAGGACGCACACACUCUCAACCAAAGCCCUAGAAGAAGUAGAAUUGCUAUAGGCGUUAGAGCUGCACAAUAUGGGCAAAAUAUCCAAUCUCAAUUUUUUUACCAAAUAUCGUGAUUGCGAUUUGACUUGCGAUAUAGAUCAAAACACUUUUGGAAUCAUAGAAAUUAAAUGAUUUAUAUUAAGAAGCAAAGUGGAAAGCAGCAUCGUUCUUGUUUGGAGCAAUCUGUUGACAGCAUUUGACCUAACAGAACAGCAUGCAAACUUCUUAUGAAUCUAACAGCGAGGAGAAGGAAUUGAGUGGCAGAAGGCGGGGAUUGGUGUAUGUGGGAAGCUGCCGCAAGAGGAGAAAGGGAGAGAGACGACAAAUGGAGUAAACUAUAAAAACGGACGUUACACAUGGCUGAAUGGCAUUUAAAAUAUUGCAUGAGAUAUAGAGCUCUUGCAUUAUGGAUAUUUUGUACAUGUCAAUAUUACGAUUUCGAUCUGAAUUCGAUUAAUUGUGCAGCCCUAACAGGCGUACACAAACACAUGGUCACACACACUGUCAACAAGCACAUGCUCACACACAUACAUGUUUACCACACCAUAGACCCACUCAACGAAGCCUAGAGGGAAUAUGCAGUAUCUACCACAACGUGUGCACGCGCGUUGUGGUAGAUAUUGCCUAACAUGUUUGUCAAAUAACAGGCACAUGCCUUCACAAUGACGCUUCAUUUACCAAAUUGAUAUUUUAGAGAAGUAUAGUAAGAAAGUAAUGGACAAAUGGUUCAUGUUUUGACUCAAUGGUUGUGUGUGUUGUCCAGGCGUAAAUUCUCAGCGACAGCCAACGGUACCUGUGAGGAGGAGCUGAUGGAGAAAGUAGGGGCCUGGGACUUUGUAGAAUCAACACACAGGUCAAACUGCAACUGCUCCAGGUAAAUGAUGCAUGAUGUUUGUUUAUUGGUUUAUUUGUGUUCCUCUGGUCUAGGACCUGUACCCUAAGCCCUCUGUAAGUUGAUAUACUUCUAGUUUCUUGUGUAGACACAAGCUUGCCUUUUAAGGAAGUCUUACUCAUUGGAUGUCUUACUCAGCAAAACAACAUUCGACACGUCAGUCUAAAAUGUGAGAUGUAUUUUAAUCUCAAUACAUAUGACAUUCAUCUCUAUUUGUCUGUUAAGUGACAACCCUGUCAGGGUUCAAAAGUAGUGCACUAUGUAGGGAAUUGGGUGUCAUUUAGGACACAGUGGGAGAGACCCAGGGGCCAGUCCGACCUCUAGAAGGCCUGCUCUAAAAAUGGAGAGUGUCUGUAGCCCCUAAUGUUGACAAAUGAUCUGCGUCUAGAAUGGGUUAUUGUGUGGAUGUGAGGUUGACUGUGGCAAGGCUGUUUCUGUUUGGGGUUGGGACACAGACAGACAAUAUCACAUCCCUGUGUGCGUGUGUGCACGCCUGUGUGUGUGCACGAGCAUGUGUGUGUUCUCUCUGAAGGGGAAAGGCUGCAGUCAGCAUGUCCCGCUGCUGUCUCCUGGCAGACACACACACAGCGGCUAAAACACACGUCACGCUGCAGCUCGCACUGAAAUAGCUGCUUGACACUGCACCUUUAUGCUCUCGCUCUGGGAGUUUGCUUUGUGUAUGUGUGUGUGUUUUUGCUCGAGGAGCACUUUCACUAUAGAUAGGGGGAGACCCUUGCUCGCCACUGGUGGUGUGAGGGAAGGCAGGCUGUGUACAGGGACGCAGUGGGAGAGACCCAGAGGCCAGUCUGACCUCUAGAAGACCUGUUUAGGGAGAUGGAUGCUCUAAAAAUGUAGAGUGUCUGUAGAGCCUAAUGUUUACAAAUGAUCUGCUGCGUCUAGAGUGGGUUAAUGUGUGGAUGUGAGAACUGACUUUGGGGAAGUCUGGCUAGAGCUGUUAAUUGGUUGGAGGGAACCUGGAGCAGGGGUUCUCAAACUUUUUUGGGCUUGGGGCACCUUUUGUGAUAGCAAAUUCAUCAGAGACCCCCUCAUAAUCAGAACACCAACUCUAGUGAGAGAAAAAUAGCAUACAAGGAGUUUUACUAUGACUUUGGCAGUGCAUGGCUGGAUGAACCAAGCCCUGGGAAGGAACAUUUUAAAGGCCCAUCUCUUAGCAUUGGAGAAAAAUUGUUGCAGUUUUCAAGCAGAUUUUCUGCAAUUCUACACAUUUUGUCAUGGGGCAGAGAAUUUUUUUGUUGUUGCAGCUUUAAAGCUAAUAUCCUGCAAUUCAAAAGAAUUGAAAAAGAAAACUGUAUGUUUUAAAGCUUAAAUUACAGUGCAUUUAUGUAAAUACAAGAAGUAUUGAGUUGAAAAAUGUAUUAUUGGUGGAGUAAUGUGGAUACCAAUAUCCCUGUGAGCCUCCCAGGCCUAUUUUCCUGUGUUUUAUAUAUAUUUCCACACUAUGAGGUUGGAAUAAUACUUUGAAAUUGUGAAAAUGAUGAUAAUGCCCUUUUAGUGUACGAGCUGUUUGAAAAGACAGCCUGACAUUUCCACCUGUUUUGGUGGGAGUGAGUUUUGGCCUUCCAUGGUGACAUCACCAUACAGUAAAUUAGUUAAUUGACCAAUAAGAAAGACAGUUCCAAACCUCUCUGCCAAUAAAAGCACAUUUUCAGUUUUCCCCUCUACACUCAAACAACUCAUAGACAGUCUUAGCAAAAUCCUUGCUUGAGAAAUUGCUAUUUUCUAAGAAGCUAUUUUUAUUUAUUUCUGACCAUUUUAAUUUAAAACAAUCACAGUAAGGUACUUAAUUGUUAUCCAGAUUUGAUAUUAAGAUAAAAACGGCUGCAUUGGACCUUUAAGAACAUAAAUUGUAGAUAAUAAUUAUUAAUUAUUAUAUAAUUAAUAAAGUAUUGUAUUACACCCUCUAAACUUAUUCCACAGAUCCCUUGGCCAAAAUUGGUUUAAUCUGUUGUUGUUAUAUAGUAAUAUUCAUGAAAACUAAUUAAAUGUAAAGAAAGAAAAAAAUGUUUUUUGAGAACCCCUGACCUAGACUACUGGAGGUGACAUUGAAAAGGGAAUUCCUGUGUGUGCAGCACGAAUUCUAAUGGCCAUCGGCUUGGCCGUAGGAAGUUGUUUGUGUGUGUGUGUGUCUGUGAGAGUGUUAGUGUUUACCCACUCCGCAUAUUGUUUUUGCUGCGUCUUGCCUGCUGACAGUUAAGCAGCAGGGUUCUAUUAUAAUCCUGUGAAGUAGUGCGAAGGACAACAGCUACCUCCCUCCCUCAACAUGCUGCCUGCUCCACAACCACAAGAGCAACCUGCGAUUACCAUGCUGACAGACCACCGGCCAAAUAACAUCCCAGUGCCCCCUCUAGCCGACCUGACCCUGAGUAUACCCCCCUCAUCCCCCUCCUCCCUCCACAGCCACUAGCCAGUGUCAUAGACUGGCUUUGGAUUUAUUGCUCCUCGGUCCCCUUACAGUGAAACAUGAGGUAACUUAGUGGCCGCCUGUCCCCUGGCCUAGACUGGGGACAGUGUGUGUGUUUGAGUGUUGACAGCGGAGGUGGAGGUGGUGGUAUGCACUGGGCCAGGGGCAGUAGUAGCAGACAGGCUGGUUAGCAGGGGAGUGUGACUCAGCCAGGCCUUUAUGGGGUCUGGUCACACGACAGCCUAGAGGGCUUUGGGGGCCUGAGGGCUGGGGACCACCACAACACAUUCCAGACCAUUUAAACCCAACCAGAAACAGGUCUCCUUCCCACCUGGGUCAUGUUCAGUAGGGCACACAUGCUUCACUCAGUUUUCUCCCCAAUAAACACAGCGUUGGGGGAAUGCUCUAUUCUAGUGGGUGUGAGCUAGACAAGAUGCAUGGUUUGGGUUGUGGUUAGGAGGCCAAUAGAAUGCAGAAUAAUAACAUCAGUUUAAAAUGUUUGUUAGAGUAGCAUCAGCAUGACAUGAGGAGUUUAUUAGAUUUGAGAGGAACUCAUUUGUUCACUUAAUUGAUUCCGUGCUUCAUCCAGAUAAGGCCAUGCCAGAUUGGUCCUUUGACUGGCUACAUUGACUUUUAACACAAAUCAAAUGGGAAAGUAGGAAGUGAAAGAUCAACAGUUUACUAUAUGUAAUUGGGAAUAAAAGUAAUGAAUGUGUUUCAUACUAUUUUGUCAAUAUAAAUCAGCAUUAAAUAUAUUUUCAAUAUAAAUCAGCAUUAAAUAUGAAUUCAAUAUAAAUGUGCAUAAAUGCAUAAAUCUCAUACACCUGACUUUGAGUCUGAAUUUAAAUGUUCUAUAGAUCAGUUUGUUCUUGGUAAUUGAUUGAGCUAGAUCAGAGUUGCUGCUCAACAAUGGUUAUUGAGCUAAUGAAUGCACAACCUUAACACAGGUGAACGAAUGGCAUUAUUAUUUGUUUAUUUAUGUCUUGCAGUGAGACAUGUAAAUGACAUGCUUUCUCUUCCUCUUUUUCCUCCCAGGCAUAAAGCCCUGAAACAGCGAGGUGGCAGCACCCCGGGCCAGCCCCAGUCAGCAGGUCAGCCCACCCACACCCAGCCACCCACGAAGCACAAGGCUGGGGGUGACAAGCCAGAGAAGAGCGACAAGCAGACCAAGAGGCCGCAGACACCCUUCCACCACCGCAGCGCUGCCUGCGACAACGUUACCAUGGAGACGAAGGUGGCGGGCCAGAGGCUGGCCAUGAGGGCCCAGCAGGUGGGGGGUCGCUUCCCUGGCCUCCGCCCUGCCGACGGUGUCACCAAACCCCCCCAGCUGCACGACGGAGGGGUGGGUAGCGCCGGUGGUUCCUCAGAGAUGACAGGUUCUCCCCAGCCCCCUCCCCUCAGCCCCCACCCCUGUGAGCGCGACAGAGGAGAGGAGACAGGGGACGGCUCUUUGAAGAACCCCUCCACCCCCCACAGCCAACACUUCUACCAGCCGCCCCCGGAGCCCUGCCUGGCAGAGCAGAAGGGUGGCGAGGGGGACCCCCGUGGACUGGAUGGCCUGGCCCAGCACUUCCACCACCCCCACACGGCCUACCCACCCGAGACCCUGGAGCCCACCGUGUACGUAGGCUCUGCAGUCAACCUGGAGGAGGACGGCUCUCCGGCGCCAUGGAGGUUCUUCAACCUGCCCAGGAGGAAAGAGGCCGCGAUACCCACGCCAACGCUGCCUGGGGACAAGCUGAGGGACAGGGAGAGAGACGAGGCAUCGGGAGGACAGGAGGUGGUGUCUGUCACUGAGUGAGUGUCUAUCCCCGUUCAUUAAUUCUUAUCUCCCCAUUAAUUUAACCACUCAACACCCACUAUUGCCCAUAGAGGGUGCUAGAGGCCCCCAGCCAUUUACUGACUCACUGGCCAUCCAACCCUCCCUCCCUUCCCAUCACCCCCUCUGGCAUACAGACAGACGGGCCCCUUUUUGAGUACCUCCAACAUUCUAGAAAAAAAAGUGAUUGAAAGAGCAGUGAUGCACAACCGGGCCUCCCCUCCCUCCCCCUGCCUUAGAAUGUUCUGUGGUGGUGCUGAGCGCACACGGCAUGUUCAUCUCUCGCUAUGUGCCCUUUUGACAUCACUAAUGUGCAUGGCCAGCACUGCGGCAGAGACUGGAGAGAGCUUAUUGAUCCCCCCAACACACACACACACAAACACACACAGGGCCCCAGAGAUGGAGGGAUAGAGGUAGGGUUAUAUAAAUAAAUGGAUCCAUCUACGCCCUCUCCAUUACAACUCCCCCUACUUCCUUCCUCUCCACCCUGAACACGUGAAGGAGGGUGGCAUCUUCGAAGUCUUGAUGUCAGAGCAGAGGUGUCGCUUCACUGAGAGAGGGAGAAUAUAGAAGUGGACUCGAGGGAGCAGAAAGGGAUGUAGAGGGAGAGAGGGAUGGAAAGAGAGACAGAGACAUGCUGAGAUGGACUAUGGAUGGGUGGGCCCGGAGAGCAGGCAGGCAGGCUAGCCGUCCGUCCGGGCCGAGCAGUGGCGGUCUUGGGAAUUAUCGGAGGGGUUAUGCAAUUUCAGGGAUGGAUGCUGGACAGUGCUGUGGGCAGGGCUAUGGACUGCAGGGCUAUUCUGGUGCGGAGAGAGGUGGGGAGGGAGGGAGGGAGUAAUCCUGGCGGCCGGGAAGCAGCUCUGAAUGGCUGCUAAUCUCUGGCUGGGGCCACUGCGCACUGUCACCUCGCAUCACAGCCUGGCCGGAGAGAGGGAGGGAAAGAGAGAGAGAGAGAGAAGGGACCUACAUGAGCUCCCUCCCCCUCCCCUUCCCCCUCCCCUUCCCCCUCCCCCUCAGAGGGCCCCAGCGGGGCUCAUUCAGUCUAGUAACAUCUGAACAACAACAUCAACAACUGGAACACAGGCCCAUAGUCAAUAAAAAAUUAUUCACAGAUUACAUUGAAAAAGAGACAUGAAUAGCAACGGAUUAAAAUGUUCUCAUAUGCUCUACCUCCCCACAAUGUUGAUAGAUGAUCUGCACAGCCAUAUUUAUUUUAUUUAACAUAUAACCCAUAUAGGCCUAAACAAACAGCAUAACUGCAUCCCACUCUGUUAUCAGUAAAUUACUGUACUCUGUAACCCUAUUUGUCAUAAUGAAUAUUCUGUCCCCUCACCCUGUCCCCUGUUCCCAGGUUGAUGGCCACAUCCAAGCGGCCUCUGAAGGUGUCUGAGGAGCGCGUGCAGAUGUACAUUCAGCGGAGGAACCAGUACCUGGCCGCCGCCAUCACCGAUGACGACCACGAGCCCGAGGUGGACCCCUACGCCUUCGAGGACGGGGAUGUCAAGUUCUCCUUCUCCGACAAGAAGGACAAGACGGGUGGCGAACGCCAGCCCGGGAAGAAACACAAGGUAGGGCUAAAGUUACAACUUGAUCAACUGGGGGCGGCAGGCAGGCUAGUGGUUAAGAUUAACCGAAAGGUUGCUGGUUUGAAUUUUAUGAUGUACCCUUGAGCAAGACACUUAACCCUAAUUUCUCCUGUAAGUCGCUCUGGAUAAGAGCGUCUGCUAAGUGACUAAAAUGUACAUUUAAAAAUGUAACUGGGGCGGCUGAGAAAAAUCCUUUCCUCUCCUCGCUGCUGCCUCCAACCUGCCACUGUUUGUGACGUCCUUUAGGGUCAGGAAGCAGGAAGGGUUUGGUUUAGGGUGACAAGAUAAGGCGUCAGCAAUCCUGCACUGUAAAUGUGUCAUUAGCUGUAUUCCGUCCUCUUUUUUCCACCAAAUCUACUGCUCAGGAAGCCAGCUCCAGCUCCCAUUGUUAUCCCAUCAGAGAGAUGCCAAAAUAGUUUGACGCCCUUUUAAUUUAUCUGCCCCACCUCUCACUCUCGCUCUAAUACCCUGUGGGCUCAGUCUUGUCUUAAAAUUGUUUCUCUGUUCUAAACCUGGACCACCUGUUAGCUGUGGAAACGCCGCCAGCACUAAGGGGAGAGCAGGGGGAGGACAGGGGGGAGUGUGUGGGGAUGGUAGUGAGCUGCCUGGCAGUCAGCCUCCCUGGCCCUGCCUGCUUCCCUGCCUGUCUGCCUUUGAGGCUGCAUGUCUGCAGCAGGCUGGCGUGGAGGAGGAGUGAUGCGCUAGGCUGGCUGGGGCUUUAACAGGCCAAAUAAACCUGGCUCACUGAACCGUGCAUUUUUAAAAUAGCUUUUUUGUUUUAUUUCACGAGGGCUGCUGAGAUUUUUUCUUCUCCCUUGUGUGUGUGUGGUAUUGUACUGUGUGUUUGUAUGUGUGGUAUUGUACUGUGUGCAGUUGCUGCUGCGCUGCUUCUAUAACAGGAGGUCCCCCAGUGGCCACUAUGAGCAGUGGAGCCACAGUCUGCUGAGCGCUCGGUGUGUUACCUCAGCUACCUCCUCCCCCCUUGGUCAUGCUUCACACUCCAUUGAUGACGCUGCAAAGUGACAGCCUAUCUUUUGUGCACUUUUAUGUGUGUGUUCAUGAGUGGGUGUGUGCCAUAGACUUUCUAGGCAGUGCUAUUUGCCAAAUUGGUUUAUGUUCCCCACCCCCUGAGUUGUCUGUGUGUGUUCAGGAGGUUGGCAUGCUGUCAAAGCUCCAAACGUGCUCUAGUUGAACCACUAGAAACCCCUGCCUAUGAAACAAUACAGCACCCUCACUUACCAGUGGAGCUGGGCGUACAGCAGCAGCAGAGAAAACAUGGGGCACAAUAUGAACACCACACUGACUGCCUCUACUAUAUGUUGUUCAGUGGCUACAGGCUCCUCUCCUCUGCUUUACAACGAGGUCGCCAUGUCAUUAGUGCUUCCGCGUCCGCAUUAUUUGGAGUGAAAUGGUAGAGCCAGGACCUUUUGAAUACGUGCCUGACCCCUCGGGGUGGGGGGGGGGGAGAAGGAACGAGAGAGGACUCUUUCAUGCGGACAGCCUUGGAAUAGUAAGGGCAGUGUGACACAAGGCUGGAACGCAUCUAUACAAACACCAACACACGCACACAAAGGCCUCCAGCGUUCCAGCCAAGGAUGAGUUAUUGAUAAGGGGCUAGCUGGCGUCAUUAAUGCGUUAUAGGAUUUUUGUUUGUGGCUUGUGUUGUUUUUGCUGGCGUGCAGCAGGCCUUCAAAUUAUACAGAUUAAAGGCCUUUUACACAGACAGACAGACAGACAGACAGACAGACAGACAGACAGACAGACAGACAGACAGACAGACAGACAGACAGACAGACAGACAGACAGACAGACAGACAGACAGACAGACAGACAGACAGACAGAGAGAGAGAGAGAGAGAGAGAGAGAGCGAGAGAGAGAGAGAAUUCACCCACUCAAUGGCUACUGGAACAUACCAUUCCCUGAGCCCCAACCAUUCCCUGAGCACAUUUGCUCGCACACUGAGUGUCUGCCUCCCUGUCUGCCUGCCAUGUACACAGAGGCCCCAUCAUAAGAGCACACAGCCCUAUCCCUGAGAGAUAUUGACAAAGUGUAGUGGUAUUAGGGCUCCCUCCCAGGCCCAGGCGGCCAUGGCAUUUCUCCCAUACACUGGGAGCCUUGUCUGGAAAUCUCAUUAGUACAGUCAGAUAGUCAGUACAGAGGCGUUGUUCCUCUCUUCUCUUUCUUCUCUCUGUAUUUUUUGAAGCCUAAAAUAAACCUACUCUCCACUGAGACUGACAGAGCAGCCCAGCUCUCGGGCUGGAGGCUCCGGUGUACUUUCUACAGUUAGGCAGGAGAUGUCCCUCUUGUUAUGUUAUUUAGACUGUGUUUAUUGUUUUAUUUUCUUUGCAGUUUCAUAUAGACUGUAUCUGCUAUUGCCUUUUAUCCAUUAUCAAUAUAUUUUGAUUGUGUCUGAUCAGCUAUAUCCUAUCGGUUUUGUUUCUUUGCAUUUGUUUUGUGCACAAUAUUGAUCUCUCUCUUUGUCUGUCUGUCUGUCUCUCUCUCUGUCUCUGGCUCUCUCUCUGUUUCUCUCUCUGUCUCUGUCUCUCUCUGUUUCUCUAUCUCAGGGGGAGGAUGGAGCAGCAGGUACAUCAGAUGGUAAGGAUCCUCUGUCUGUCUCUGCUGUACUGUGCAGCUCUAGGCUCUGUUAGAUGACAGGGACAUGGCUGUCAUUACCUGGGUCCACAGCCUACCUAAGUGACAGCAGUAACAGCCUUUAGUUUUACUUACUGGGGGAGGUCGGGUAAUGUAAUUACAUGCACGAGCACAAAACACCACAUCUGUCAUUUUAGUCCCGUCCGAAUCUGCCAUGUCGGUAAUUAUUACUUGGCGGGAAGGUUAUUAUUCCAGCCCCAAGAACCUAUUGUUUUUCGGGAAACUCCCAGGUCCUCUGAUAAAGCCCGUGCAAAUCGUCAUCCCUGUGUUUUGAGGGAUAUUACAGAGUUUAACAGGUGCUGCACCCAGUUUAGGUAAGAACAUGGGAACAAAUUGAUUCUUAAAACAAAGUGCUAUGCAUGUAGCCUACAGAUGAUUGGUCUGUUUUGUCAUAUAUCAACUUUCAUAGUGCCUAUUUCUCUUUUGAAAGAUUAAGCGGAUGAUAUUGUGCCAAUUAAUUUAUAAAUUGCCAAAUACGUCAGUUAAUUAUAUGUCUGCAUACAGUUAAUGGUUUUUAUUGAUAUUUGUUUUACUUUCUUCGAACUGAAAGCCAAUAUUAAGCUAUCCCUAGAGAAGUUGAAAUAUCUUCACUCCUAGAACAACCUCCAGGCUUCCGUCAUAACGGUCAAUUUUGAAUGAGAAAAAACGAAUUCCGUCAGAAUCGUCCACUGGAAAAACAGACAUGCUGGGGUAAUAAUUACAUAACCAACGUUCUAUAGUAAUACUAGUCCCGUGCGAAUAGGGCUUAUGACAGCCUUGGAUGAUGGGGUGAAACCAUACAGUAGCUUACCACCUGUCUGUCAUAGGCUUCUCUCAGCAACAAUAAAUGCAGUCAGUCAGUCUCAGCCAUCAUAGUGUGGUGUAUCCAUAGCUCAUGGCGCAUAUGAAUUUUAAUGGUAAAGUCUUAUCUAGAUCCCUCAGGCAUGUAGGUGCAUUACUACGUUUCAUUCAGACUUCAUUUAGAAUUGAUUUAGCAGGGUAUGAGAGCAUUCUCACAUGUUUACUAGCUAUUGAAUAAAGCCUCAGGAAUAGGUCCACAUGUAACACUGAUAGCCUCUGAUGUUGAGGUAUAUAUGGGAGUGUUAGAGAUAGCUAGAGGUGGGUUACUAACCUAAUCCCUGUGUUUGUUGCUCCCCCGUCCAGAGGCAGCACUGGAAGCAGCACACGCACGCACUGCGUCCACUAGCCUAAUCCACGAGACCGACCUGGCCGUGUCCAUCAACGACCUUGACAACCUCUUCAACUCCGAUGAGGACGAGCUCACGGUCAGUACGGGGUCUGCAUGUGUGUGUGUGUGUGACGAGGAUGAACUCGCGGUCAGUGGGGCCUGCCAGCACUACAGCCUGCCCGCUGCACUAAACCACAAUGAAUAUCCCAUUAGCUAGAGCACCGCCUGGCAAGAGACGCCAAGUGUGUGUGUGUGUGUGUGUGUGUGUGUGUGUGUGCAUCUGAGUGUGUGUGUGUUGGUGAGCCAGAAUGUUGCAAACGUGCAGUACCUCAGCGGCUUUGGUUGACACGUCAUCCAACAACACAUUGCAGUGUAAUAGGCUGUGUUUACACAGGCAGCCCAAUUCUGAUCUGUUGGCCAAUUAUUGGCAAAAGAUUUGAUCUGAUUGGUCAAAAGACCAAUUAGUGGAAAAAUAUCAAAAUUGGAUUGCCUGUGUAAACCUUAGAUUCAGAAAGUAUUUCCCCAGCCCCAAAGAUGGAUAUGAUGGCUUCCAAAGGGCUCUGUUCUGACUCUGGCCCCCACAGAACAGAGCAGUCACAGUCCAACCCCCUCUGUGCUCUGCUCUCUCUGGUGACUGGGUAGCUGGGUAGAAACUCCUGAGCUCCUGAGUGGCGCAGUGGUCUAAGGCACUGCAUCGCAGUGCUAACUGUGUCACUAGAGAUCCUGGUUCGAAUCCAGGCUCUGUCGCAGCCGGCCGCGACCGGGAGACUCAUGGGCGACGCACAAUUGGCCCAGCGUCGUCCAGGGUAGGGGAGGGAAUGGCCGGCAGGGAUGUAGCUCAGUUGAUAGAGCAUGGCGUUUGCAACGCCAGGGUUGUGGGUUCGAUUCCCACGGGGGGCCAGUAUAAAAAAAUAUAUAUAUGUAUUCACUAACUGUAAGUCGCUCUGGAUAAGAGCGUCUGCUAAAUGACUAAAAAAAAAAAAAAAAAAAAAAAAAAAACUGUCUGGCACCAACCCUGCAACAAUACACUGAGGGGUGCAAUGUCACAGCUGGGUUACAGCCUGCCAACAUGGUUCCCCAACCCCUCACUGCAGGGGCUUUGUUGUUGUUGUUGUGGAACUAACGUCAUAUCGACUUGCUGACUAUCACUGUCCUCAGGUUUCAGAUUUUAAAAAAUAUUGAUUUAUGUUAGGUUGUGUUAUUUAAUGUAAACUUCAUACAGGUUAGUCUCAUUGAGAUAAACUAUUUUGCAAGAGAGACAUGUAAUUUAAUUGUUUAUGUUUUUGUGAAUAAACUUCAAUGUUCUUAAUCAUAUUUUUGCCAUGUCUUUGUUUAUAUUCAGCCUGGUUCCAGACGUGCAGUGAAUGGAACAGAUAAUACAUUUGGCAACAAGGAACCAAAGCCAGCCCCUUUGGACCCAGUCUCCUGCAUCAGUAAGACUGCUUCUCACUGCUUUAGCUAUGGAUGCAAGGACUCACCAUCCAUGAUAUCAAAAUGAUAGUUUUAACCAUGUUUUGAGGCAAUACAGUGUUUGUUUACAUCUACUUUGUUUACAAACAUCGGAUUAAAACAAGCUUCUAUUUUGGGUUCUGAUGGGGGUACGACAGUUGAACUAAGCUCAUGAGGCAUUUCUAAGUUAUAUUCAAUGGGUAUAUAUCAUUAAUUUAUAAGUCAAAAAAUGGAUGUAGCAAUCACAGAUUGCUGCUUAAAAGGCUUAAGUAUGAUACACUGAAAAUGUGCUCGAGGCAACUCAAACCCAUGCAGAAACUCAUCAUAUAACACUUGGAAUGCACACACUGUUCAUACUAAUUAAUUCACUAAUGAAGCAUGAAGCUUCUUCUCAGCACAUGUUUGCAUUCCAGGAUCUUUAUGUAUCAGGCAUCUCAGUAGGAGUGCCAAUCUAAUAUCAGGUCCUCAUGUUCAUAAUAAUCUUAUCAGUGGAGGCUGCUGAUGGGAGGAUGGCUCAUAAUAAUGGCUGUAACGGAGCGAAUGGAAGGGCAUCAAACAUAUGGAAACCAUGUGUUUGAUGUUGUUGAUACCUUUCGAUUUAUUUCGCUCCAGAAAUUACCAUGUGCCCGUCCUCCCCAAUUAAGUGCCACCAACCUCCUGUGAAUCUUAUUAAUUAUGAUCCAAAAGGCUAAACUGAUCCUAGAUCAGUACUCCUACUCUGAGACGCUUGAUACAUACGCAACCAAAAAUAUGUUGUUUACCUAUGUUGCUCCCCCUUGUGGCGAUGAGAGUUCUACAAAAGUCACUGGCUGUCUGAGUGUCCCUGCUCCACUCCAAACAGACAGCUCUGAGCCUUGGGGCAGGAACAAGUGUCUCAUUAUCUACCUCUCUAUGUGACUAGUCUAUAGCUUUGUGUGUGAAAUAAGGUGCUUGCUUGUUGCCCAGCACUUAGACUGUCAAACUGUUGAGCCUCGGCUGCCUUUGAGACUUCAGAUCAUCAGUUGUUGUUGUCACUGAAUGGGAACCUUGAUUCAUUCACACACCCCCCCCCCCCCCCCCUCCCCCCUACAGGCUCGGCAGACCUGCACCAGAUGUUCCCCACUCCCCCCAGCCUGGAGCAGCACAUCAUGGGCUACUCCCCCAUGAACAUGGGCAGUAAGGAAUAUGGCAGCAUAGAGGCUGGACAUGGCAUGACCAACCUGGACGGUGCCUCGUCCCUAGGGGGACACUUUAAGAUUGAGGUGGAGGAGGGCUACUGCAGCCCCAAGCCGCAGGAAAUCAAGGUGGGUUUUGGGCCCUACAUUUAAACUUGACCCCCUAUCUGACCACAAAUGGAUCAUUCCUCUGCAUCUCCUAACUGUCUUUGAACUUAGGACUGCUGGUGUGCCUUAGCCUCACCAUGCUGUGUAGUUUCGAUAAGGAUGAAUGUCAAAUAUCACUGUAGCAGCCAUUGGACUACGUCAGUGUACAUAGAGGACAUGGUCUUACCUCACCCCUCCCUGUCUCUUCCCCUCAGGACUUCUCGUUUGUGUACAAGCCAGAGCUAUGCCAGGCAUUUGUGGGCUGCUCCAUGUUUGCCCCCCUGAAGACCCUGCCCAGCCAGUGUCUGCCCCCCAUCAAGCUGCCAGAGGAGUGCAUCUACAGGUCCAGCUGGACCACCGUGGGCAAACUGGAAAUGCUCAACCACCUCCAUGUGCCCACCAUGGCCUACCUCAACAAAGACAGGUAAACAUAUUGCCUUCAAGUACAUAGUCCUGAAACCACUUAUCUCCUCACCUGCCAUUGCAUUGGUGUGUGGCUGUGCAUUUUAAUUGGCUGAUAUAGUAAAUCAAUCAAUCAAUCUCUAUAUGAACCACUCGUAAGCAGGGAUAUGAGUUUUCCUAACUGCUAGGGGCCCAUCUGCUAAAUAUGGGAGGGCUGUCUGCCUGUCUAGCUGACUGUCUCAGGACCCUCAGCUCCUAAAGCCUGUGGAACCAAUGGAGAUUUUUCCAGCUGCUCCAAGGAUUCUUUACUAUUCGUAAUGCUUAUCUGUGCUGAGGUGUAAUUUAGACCUACAGGAUACAGACAGACAGACAAACACACACACUGGCUGGCACACAUGUGUACGCAUGCGUGUGGACACACACACACACACAUUCAGGGUUUAUCCCUCUACCCUCUGAGGAGCCUGUUCCAUUCCUCAUGCAUGGCUGAUUGAUGCAGAGCAGAGGAGAUGAGAGGAGUAUAGAGAGCAUGGUGAUUGAAGGAGAGGUUUAUCAGAGAGCUGAGGCUGGAGCUUGGAGCUGUGGCGGGAGGCUGGGUGUCUCCACACAGCUCCACUCAGAUCACUGCACUGUUUAUGUCUUGGAAAUAUAGUCAUCAACCAUUUUCUACAGACCUCAAAAUCAGAAAAAUGUCUAGUAGCUGCUAGACCUCAUACAUUUUUUUAAAUAAUAAUAAUGCCUUCAUUCAAAAUAGAGUCAAUUAUACUCCACUGUACUUAGUGGAAGAAUGGAACCCUGGCAUAUGGCUGUGUGAGGGAAGAUGUGCCUUUCUGCCUUGUUCGGGGCUGAGGAGGGGGGCCUGCCUGCUUAGCUAGGGCAGUGUAGAGUGUUAUAGAGGGUGUAGAGUGGUAUAGAGAACGUUGUAGAGCGGUAUAGAGGGGGGUAUAGAGUGUUAUAGAGGGGGGUGUGGAGGGUUAAAGAGGGCGUUGUAGUGUUAUAGAGGGAGGUGUAGAGGGUUAAAGAGGGCGUUGUAGUGUUAUAGAGGGAGGUGUAGAGGGUUAUAGAGGGCAUUGUAGAGUGUUAGAGGGGGGUGUAGAGGGUUAUAGAGGGGGGUGUAGAGGGUUAUAGAGGGCAUUGUAGAGUGUUAGAGGGGGGUGUAGAGGGUUAUAGAGGGGGGUGUAGAGGGUUAAAGAGGGCAUUGUAGUGUUAUAGAGGGAGGUGUAGAGGGUUAUAGAGGGGGGUGUAGAGGGUUAAAGAGGGCAUUGUAGUGUUAUAGAGGGAGGUGUAGAGGGUUAUAGAGGGGGGUGUUGAGGGUUAUAGAGGGCGUUGUAGAGUGUUAGAGGGGGGUGUAGAGUGUUAUAGAGGGGGGUGUAGAGUGUUAUAGAGGGGGGUGUUGAGGGUUAUAGAGGGGGGUGUAGAGGGUUAUAGAGGGCAUGUGUGUUAUAGAGGGAGGUGUAGAGGGUUAUAGAGGGGGGUGUUGAGGGUUAUAGAGGGCGUUGUAGAGUUGUUAGAGGGGGGUGUAGAGUGUUUAUGUUAGAGGGGGGUGUAGAGUGUUUAGAGGGGGGUGUUGAGGGUUAUAGCGGGGGUGUUGAGGGUUAUGAGGGGGGUGUGGUUUGAGGGUGUUAUAGGGGAGGUGUGAGUGUUAUAGAGGGGGUGUAGAGUGUUUAGAGGGGGGGGGUGUUAGUGUAAGUGUUCUAGCAGGGGGGUGUAGCGUGUUUCGAGGGGGGUGUAGAGUGUUCUCGGGGGGGUUGUGUGUGGUUUUCGGGGGGGUUGUUAGAGGGUUGGUUUGGGGGUGUGUGCGUGUUCUGAGGGGGGUGUCGGUGUUAUGGGGGGUUUGAGGGUUAUGAGGGCGGUGUAGAGGUUGUAGAGGGUAGGGGGGGGGUGUAGAGUGUUUAUAGAGGGGGGUGUUGAGGGUUAUAGAGGGGGGGCUUGUUGCGGGUUAUAGAGGGGGAAGUUGAGGGUUAUAGAGGGGGGUGUUGAGGGUUAUAGAGGGGGCUUCUGUUCCCAGCAGGGUGCCUGCAGAGUGCUAAAACAGUCAGGAAAGUCCCAGGUUUCUAAGCUGGUCAGGCUGUUUUUAUGACCUUCCCUACUUCUGUAUAGAGACAGAGGGCCUUCUGUAGGGUUGCACCCUAUUCCCUAUGUAAUGCACCACUUUUGACCAGGGCCCAUUAUACUCUACCAAGACUCUGCCAGGAUUUUUUUGUUGUUGUUUCCUACACGUAUGUAGUAAUGUGCGUAAGGACAGGGACAGGCUGUGCUCUCCUCCCUCCUUAGCUCUCCUCACAGCUGCUCUCAUCCUCUCGCCAGCCCAAAAAUAGGCAGGUUAGCGUUUCUCGUCAUGAAUCUUGUUCUGGAGGCAGCUCAACAGAGUGGUCACUAGCUGGCACAGCCACAAAGUCAAAAAAUCUGAUUGUAAACCUAACACUAACUUUGACCACACUGCUAACCCUAAUGCCUAACCCUAACCUUAAAUUAAGACCAACAUUUUUUCAUUAUUUUUUUACAAUAUAGCCCAUUUUUACUUUACAGCUGGCCCAUCUGGCGGAAAUCGCUCCGUUCUGUCUUCUGGGCAAGAUUCAUGACAAUAAACAUCAACCUGCCAAAAAUAUACUAUUUGCUUGAAAUGGCAGCGGAUUUGCAUACCACGACAGGCAGCCAGGCAGCCAGUUGUCUCUGCUUGUUUGUUUACCAUUCCUCAUUCUGACUGUUGUUGUUGUUGCUUUUUACCUCUGCCUUGUAAUGGAGGUUCAGUUGGUACUGGAAUGUAUUGUUGAUUGUUUUGUUACAAUAUACUGAGCUCUGCUUUGUUGUUGUGUUUUGAAUCAAGCUCUAGCAUAUUGUCCCAAAAGGCUGUGUUGUGUGACUGACUCCUCUCCUCUCUGCCACAGUAACAUUCCCAGUGUGGGCAGUGCCAUGGACCAGGACUACAACCAGAGCUACACACCCCAGACCCAUACGCCCUUCAUGUCCAAUAGUGCCCCCCCCAGCAACAGUGGCACAGGCAUCCUGCCCUCCCCAGCCACCCCGCGCUUCUCCGCCCCCACACCACGCACUCCCCGUACCCCACGCACCCCCAGAGGACCCGCCAGUGUCCAGGGCUCGCUUAAGUACGAGAACUCGGACCUAUACUCGCCCGCCUCCACCCCCUCCACCUGUCGACCUCUCAACUCAGUAGAACCUGCCACCGUGCCCUCCAUCCCCGAGGCCCACAGCCUCUACGUCACCCUCAUCCUCUCUGAGUCCGUCAUGAACCUCUUCAAGGACUGCAACUUCGAUAGCUGCUGCAUCUGCGUGUGCAACAUGAACAUCAAGGGGGCCGACGUGGGGGUGUACCUGAGCGACCCCACGGGAGAGGCCCAGUAUCCCUGCACCUGCGGCUUCAGCGCCGUGGUCAACCGCCGCUACGGCAAUGGCUCGGGCCUCUUCCUGGAGGACGAGCUUGACAUCAUCGGACGCGGCUCGGACGUCAGCCGCGAGGCGGAGAAGCGCUUCGAGGCAUUGCGACAACAUUCGCUGGAGAGGACGGGGGGAGGAGGGAGGGGGGAGAGGGUACCAGAUGAGCUGAUCUUACUGCUGCAGGACCAGUGCACCAACCCCUUCUCACCCAUCGCUGGGAUGGAGCCUGACAGCCUGGCAGCGCGGGGGGCCGGGGGUUGUCCUGUGCCCGCCUGUGUGAGGGUGGAGGAGAGGGACUACCACAGCGACUGCUACAUGGCCUUGGAGCACGGCCGCCAGUUCAUGGACAAUAUGUCAGGAGGCAAGGUGGACGAGGCCCUGGUCAAGAGUACCUGUCUACACCACUGGUCCAAACAAAACGGUAAGAAAAACACAUUUUUGUUGUUCUAACCUGCAUUCAAAUCUGUGUCUAAUAAUACAUUGUUAUUCGCAUUUGUCCCUGUCGAGCAGUUGGCUAGCAUAACUAACCAAUAUAAACCAGUCUGUUCAUUUUUCCUGCCAGUUAUCAGAAUGUUGGUAUCUUUUGUGUUGUUAGUGCUAUGUGUGUUCUCUCUCUAACCAUCCUCCUCCUCUCCCCAGCGGUGGACGUCAGUGCUCUGUGCUCACAGGACGUGUUGCGGGUGCUGCUCUCUCUCCAGCCUGUACUCCAGGAUGCCAUCCAGAAGAAGAGGACGGUGCGCUCCUGGGGCGUUCAAGGACCCCUCACCUGGCAGCAGUUCCACAAGAUGGCUGGACGGGGCUCCUAUGGUAAGCCACCAGGGACAAAAUGCUUCAAGACCCAGAGGCUCACACAGGCAGAUGCAAUGCAGCCUGUGUUUGCAGGAAGAUCAGUAGUCAUCUCAGUCACACUGCUGUAGUCCAGAUGUCAGCUCAGUGGGAAGCUGCCACUGCUGUUGUGACGGGUUCACUUUGGGCUCUCAAUCCUUCUCUGUGAAUGUGACAGGUGACAGCACUGGCUUAUUUAACGUCCUAAUCUAGACUUUUCACCUCAUUUAACACCUGAUUUACUUAACAAAAGGCACAUCUCAAUAGGUGGUCCAGGUAAGUCAUGUGUGACGCGUACUGAGUAUAUGAAGAGGCAGGACACAGACACAGGAAUUAACAAGGUCAAGGUUUACUUAACAAUGAGCAAGAUAAAUAACAAAGAUAGAGUAAACGACACGACGCUUAACAAUCACACACAUCAUCCAGAACAGUCCAGGGCUAAAUAGGGGUGGUGAUGAGAUGAUGAGGUGCAGGUGCGCUGGAGGUGAUUAGGGUGCGUUGGGUUUCCAUUCCGGUGUUGCCGAGGUGGUGCGCUCAGACCGGUGGCUCAGUAGACCGGCGAAUCAGAGCGCCGGAGGGGAGCAACGGGGGGAGACGUGACAUCAUGACAUAGCACAAGUGGGGGGGGCUUUACUCUUUUGUUCUCUAUUGCUCCUCUAUUGUUCCUCAAGCAAGGGGGGAGGCCGAUGACAUCGGCGGGCACCAUCAGACCAACUCCUAGAAUGUCCUACUCCUUGAAGUUUGCAGUUGUGUCUAAAAAACACAAUUUUGCUCAAAACAUAUUUCUUUACCCUUUAGUGUGUGUACUUUACUGUAUUUAUCACUUUUCAACAGGAAAAGUUUAAAAAUAAAUCACUGGAGGACGACUAAGUACUUAAUCACCAUCUUCUCUCUCCUCCUCUUCACCCUCUCUUCUCCCUCUCCUCCCUUCUGCUCCCUCGCCCAUCCUCUCCUCUCCUCCUCUUCUCCCUUUCUCUCUCCUGCCUCUCCUCCCCCCUCCUUCCCUCCAUCAGGCACAGAUGAGUCCCCAGAGCCCCUGCCCAUCCCUACCUUCCUGGUGGGUUAUGAGUAUGACUUUGUGGUGCUGUCUCCAUUCGGCCUGCCUUACUGGGAGAAGCUGCUACUAGACCCCUUUGGCUCACACAGGGACGUAGGCUACCUGGUGGUCUGUCCCGACAACGAGGCCCUGCUCCAGGGGGCUAAGAGCUUCUUCAGGGACCUCACUGCCGUCUACGAGGUAAGGCUGGAGAACGUUAACAACUGUCCAUUUACCAUGCAAGAGAUGGGGCAUCUUUGGACAGCUGAAGCAAGCACCUUUUUUGGAGUUGCCUGGUCCCAGAUCUUGUUUUUCAUGACAAUGACCAUUGGAGUUGACCAUAGGAGUUGACCUUAGGAGAUUAGAGCAUAUGUCCAUGAGUGCAAGACUGCACAAAUAGAUUGGGGUCCAAGCUAGGGUCGGGGUCAGUUGGAUUUUAAUUUUGGAUGUGAAAUAUUUACAAAUUCCUAUUUGAAAACAAAGGGCACUUUUCAAUUCUUCAAUGAAAUGGAAUUGACCCAGACCUUGUUAGAGGCUUACAUCCCAGCCUACUGUAGUUAUUGAUUCAAAAAAAAUGUGUCUGUCUACUCCAGCUCCUUAUUGGAAUGUCUUCCUCGACAUCAAGUCACUCAGUCACUCCUGUGCUGAUGUCUAACUAUUCAUCCAGCCCUCCUCUCCCUCCGUGUUCUCUGCAGUCAUGUCGUCUGGGCCAGCACCGGCCAAUCUCAAAAGGUCACCCGGACGGCAUCGUCAGAGUGGGCGGAUCGGCUGCCAAGAAGCUGGCAGAGCAGCCCGUCAGCGAUUGGUUCAUCAAGGCUGCCAGCGGCAACAGCGAUGCCUUCGCCAAGCUCAAGCUCUACGCACAAGUCUGCCGCCACGACCUCGGUAGGUUCCAAUGACAACACGGGUGGGGAAUCAGUCGGGCUCAGGUCUUUCUGUACCCCCCCCAUGCCCAUAUAGCCAAGGAUUUAGAAGAUCAAAAAGCCUAUUUUUGGUUUCUAAAAGGAUCUUGUUUUUCUAAAAGGUUUGUUGUAGCUGAUGAUAACUAAAGUGUAAUGCUAGGUCAUUCACAUAGCUUAUAAAUUAGAUUUUGUGGAAGAUUAUUUGACUGCUGUUAAGAUUUGCUCUCUGCUCCUCUCUCUCCCCUCAGCUCCAUACCUCGCCGCACAGCCUUUAGACAGCUCCCUCCUCACACAGCCCACGCCCCCUCCUGCCACCAGCCAAUCCUCAUCCAUGCAAUCCUCCGGCUCCUCCUCCUCCACCACCUCGGCUGGCCCCCAAAACUCAGCGACCCCCUCCCUCCCCAACAACAACAGCGCGCCUAGCAACAACACAGGUGUAGCCAACAGUACAAACAGCACGGCGUCGUCAGGGAGCCAGCCCACCAGCGGGGUGCAGUCUGCCAAGCCCAGCUCCUUCCCUCCCUUUGGGACCAUGGGCAUGCAAAACCAGGGCCAGAACCAGGGCCAGGGUGGUGCCACCCUGGGAGGGCAGCUGGGCCAGCAGGCUGGAACCCAGAACGCAGGCCUUCCCGGGGGUGACUCAGCCAGCCAGUCCCAAGCACCCACUGAACCCCUAGAGAGGUAGGUACAACACCAGGGCCUGCAUUCACUCAUAUGUACACACACACACACACAGUGCCCGGAGGGAAACCCCAUUCCUUGUCCUAACUCCCUCUCUCUCUUGUCCCCCGCUCCAGCACCAUGGAGCGAGAGAAGGUGGGUGUGCCGACGGACGGAGAGUCUCAUGCCAUAACGUACCCCCCGGCCAUUGUGGUGUACAUUGUGGACCCCUUCACCUAUGAGGAGCCUGAGGCUGGGUCCAGUGUGUGGACCCUUGGCCUGCUGCGCUGCUACCUGGAGAUGCUCCAGUUCCUCCCACCACACAUCCGCAACUCUGUCUCUGUACAGGUAACCUCAACACAAGUCUGCACGUGUGUGUGUUGAUGAAAGAAUGUUUGGUGGCAAUGUUAGAAAGUGUAUGUUUAUUUAGAAUAAAAUAUUUCACUAAUAGUUGAUAAGACUUUGUUUUAGUGCCAAAUAUGUCAGACCGGACAAUCGGUACAAGAGUAGACAGAAUGUAGAUGUAAUUUUCUUAAAGUUGUAUGCUGACCGAUUGGUAUCCACCUCUCCCCUCUCAGAUCAUCCCGUGCCAGUACCUGCUCCAGCCGGUGAGGAUCGAGGAGCGUCAUAUCUAUGCUCAACACCUGAAAUCCCUGGCCUUCUCAGUGUUCUCCCAGUGCAGGCGACCCCUCCCCAGAUCCACCAACGUCAAGUCACUGACUGGCUUCGGCCCCGGCCUGGCCAUCGACACAGCACUGAAGAGCCCAGAGGUAAACAAACAUCCCUGAUAAAAACAAACAUGACAUGAACCUAACUAACAUUAUCCCAACGUUAAUUUAAGUAACAUUAUGCAGCUCCUACACCAGGGGUGGGCUUGUCUGGUCCUAUGUGUCUGCUGGUUUUCUUUUCUUCCUUUGAAUCAUUGACUGGUUUAGAGCUGGGAAACCAGGUGUGUGUGUGCUAUGGGAAAGCAAGGAUGAAUGAAGUGCCAGGGAGAGCAGUAAACCAGCAGACACUACCUCCCCUGAGGACCAGGGUUGCCCAUCCCUGUCAUAGCCUGACCCUCACUUCUGCUCCUCAGCCCUCUGCUCCUCAGCCCUCUGCUCCUCAGCCCCCUGCUCCUCAGCCCUCUGCUCCUCAGCCCUCUACUCCUCAGCCCUCUGCUCCUCAGCCCUCUGCUCAGGCCAUGUGUAGUGUGCCAGCAAGAGACAGAUAGCGAGGGAGAAGGGGAAGGAGCACUGAGAUGGAGAAAGUGUUACACUAACCCCCUUAGUCCUGGAACAAGAUCAGGGGAUCUUAUAACCCUCUUCCUUCUCUCCAGUUUUCUUUCCAUUAUCUGCUUGGCUAGCUGCCGGAGACCUCCCUAAGGGGUUCCAGGCUACAGGUUUAGACAGGGAGAGGCCCCAGACUGCCACCCAAUCCUAUUUAACUUUCCCAGGCCAGCCAGCCACUCGCCAGCUACUACAUUACAUUUAUCCUGAGUGGGGACUAGAGCAGGAGCUGAGCUACUUAGCUAGCUGGAUAAAUGGCAUCUCUGUAGUGACACUGGUGGAAUGUUGGCUGUCGACUAACCAACCCAGUGACUCUCGUACAUACAAUGUCUUUCUAGUCCUAGAGUAGACCGACAGAUAUAGUCCUGGGUUGUGUUCAGUAGGGCACAAUGUACCCAACCGUGUUGAAUUUUUUUUUGCAUUGUUAUUGGACAUAAGUAGGUAGCUACCUCCCAGUAAAGAAAAUAAUCCUUACUGAACAUGACCCUCGUCUAACCCCUAACCUUUGACCCCUCUCUCUCUACCCAACAGAGACCAGAGUGUUUGCGACUCUACACACCUCCCUUCAUCCUGGCGCCCACCAAGGACAAGCAGACGGAGCUGGGGGAGACGUUCGGAGAGGCCUCUCAGAAGUACAACGUGCUGUUUGUGGGCUACUGCCUGUCCCACGACCAGCGCUGGCUCCUGGCCACCUGCACCGACCUGUACGGAGAGCUGCUGGAGACCUGCAUCAUCAGCAUCGACGUGCCCAACAGGUGGGACUAUCUGGCAGCACACACCAUCAUCAUCCUCACCACUACUACCACCAUCUAGAGUCAGCAAACCUCAAGCAGAGCAUUACAAAUGGCAGUCUUUUGCAAAACAAUGUUUGUUGUGGGUUGUUAAAAUUUUUCCAAAAUGCCAGGUAAUGAUGAGAACAAUGUGUAGCUUUGAAGUGUAGUGAUUAUUUCAAGAUCAACAAUCUACAACUUUCCUUCAACCUGACAACUCGUUGGUGAUUUGUAGUAAUAAGUGUAGUGUUAAAUGUUUAGCAGUGUUUUCAGUGUGUGACAGUAUGUCUGUGUGUUUUGUUCUGACAGAGCACGGAGGAAAAAAGGCUCUGCCCGGAGGUCAGGCCUGCAGAAGCUGUGGGAUUGGUGCUUGGGGCUGGUGCAGAUGACAUCUGUGCCAUGGAGGGUGGUGAUAGGUCGCCUGGGCAGAAUGGGACACGGCGAGUUGAGAGGUGAGGAGGACAACAGUCAACCAGCAGCUUAGGAUCUAGCCCUCUAUAAUCUCAAUGGGGUACUUUGCUGUUUUACACUCAUCUUGUCUUACUCAUUCUCCUCUAUAUAACAUUAUUUUUAGUCAAAGAAUAUUGGUGUCUUCAGAGGUACUUUGCUAUUUUACAUUUCUCUUGUCUUACUCGUUGACUCAUUCUUCUCUUUCUUUUCUCUCUUCCUCCUUUCCAGACUGGAGUAUUCUGUUGAGCAGGAGGAACCUGCAGUCUCUGAGUCGCCGUCUCAAGGAGAUGUGUCGUAUGUGUGGCAUCUCUGCCUCCGACACUCCCAGCAUCCUUAGCGCCUGUCUGGUCGCCAUGGAGCCGCAGUGCUCCUUUGUCAUCAUGCCAGGUACUAUGUCCUUCUGCCUGCCCGUGUGUGUGUGUGUGAGAGAGUGUGCUUGCAUCUGAUGGAUGGAGGUAGCCUAUUAUAAUGCAUGUCGCUCCUUGUCGUUAUCAGAUUGAAAGCUUUGAGGACACUGCUUCUCUCAGUCAUAAACCACUAGUUCUCAGACUCCAUUGAUUUCUGUGUGAUGUGAUUGAGCGCUAGAUCAAUGGGUUUAUUUUGGGGAGUGACUGGCAUGGACCAUUGAUACUGUCAGUGUAUAAUAUGGGUCUACUGCUGUAUAUGAGGAUGGGCUGGACGGGUCCCUCCAGACCGGUGUUUUUGGUUAAAGGAGAUUGCUGUCUCCUCUGCCAGGACUUUGCUUUGACCCAGACAUUGUGGGUUGUACUCAACAGAUAAUCAGAUCAUUAUUAUAAUCUGUGAAUAGAGUGCUGGACCAAUUAAUAAUGGGCAGUUGAAAGAUGGAUGUUGCUGUUAUUGGCACCACUUACAUUUUUGUUGCAUCAAUUAAAUGGUGUUACUAAUUAAUUCACAGAUUAAUGGAUGAUAGCUAUAGCAGAUGUCAACAGUUUUAAUUUUUGUGUAUACUGUAUGCGUUCAAUGUAGAUUCAAUGAAGAUGAACGUACUGUAUUAUUGACCUGUCUCCCCCCCUCUCUCUCUCCAGACUCUGUGUCUACAGGCUCAGUGUUUGGCCGUAGCACCACUCUGAACAUGCAGACGUCCCAGCUGAGUACUCCCCAGGACACGUCCUGCACCCACAUCCUGGUGUUCCCCACCUCAGCCUUCGUCCAGGUGGCCAGCUCCAACUACACUACUGACACCAACAUAGACAUUGCCUUUAACCCCAUCCCCGGUGAGUCACACUGCUUUUCCCUCUGGCCUCACCUCUCAACUCUCACCUUUGACCUCAACUCAUCCGUUUUAUUGGAAGGCUUCCACUGCAACUUGUGUUGUCUUAUCUCUCUUGAAAAUAAUUGAUUGAGUCCAUUGGGAAUAGUUUUUUGCGCUAUAUAAAUUCUCACCUCCGUCUUGUUUUUCUUUGCUUCAUAUGGGUCUCUAUCUCUCUCCAUUUUGCCUCAGAGUAUAUUGAAAAUGGAAAGCUUACAUGCUGACCAUACUACUCGCGUCGCGUGCGCGAGCGUUGCAAAAUAAAUAUACACAUACGUUAUUCAAUCAUUACAUCCACACUGGUCGCGAGCAUCUGCGUAGCCAGGCGCUAAAAUAGAUCUUGGUUCUAUUUGUGACACUUGACGCGCUGCAAGUCCCGCCUCUCCCAUUUAGGAGCAUAUACCCACGCGGGUGAUUGAAAGAUGAACACUCCAGUCCAGUUGGUUGGCAACCACCUUAAAGUUGGUUGCCAACCGCCAUAUAAAGUCCAAAGAAGAAGAACAAGCCUGAAGGAGGAGAGAUUACUAGAAACGAACUUGGUUUACCCUUUUAUCUGUGGAUUAAUUGUCGGAGUAGAGGACAUUGUGCAUUUCAGGUAAAAUAACAACCCAAUGUUUAUAUCCCAUGACAAAUUAGCUAGCAACAGCAAGCUAGCUAGCUAAAUUGACAAAUGUUUAAUGCUUUUUAACCUGUCCCCAAAUUAAUAUAGUUGGUUCAGAGUUCGUUUUGAUAUUUCAACCUGCAUGUCUUGAUCGUGUCUGGUGUGGAUGGACAAAAAUCAACAUGCGCCCGAUGGCGCACGCACGCAUGCGAGAGUUCUGGUCAGCAUCUUAUUCUAAGUCUCUGGCCUCUUCUCCUCCCUUCUUCUGUCCAGAUGGGUCGGACGCCAUUGGGAUCUUUGACCUGCUGGAUCAGGAGAACGACCUGGUGGACCCUGACAUCAUCAACAUCCUGCCCGCCUCGCCCACCACCUCGCCCGUACACUCCCCCGGCGGCCACUACCACCAGGGGGGAGACGGCAGCAAGGUAGGCCCACCACAACUGUGUAGACUGUAUGAGAGAGACUCUAGUAGUAGUACAUAAUUUAUAGAAGCAAAAAAAGACCCUAAAUUUAAGAUUAACACAAAGUAAUUUAUACUGAACAAAAAUAUAAACGCAACAUUUAAAGUGUUGGUCCCAUGUUUCAUGAGCUGAAACAAAAGAUCCCAGAAAUUUUCCAUAUGCACAAAAAGCUUAUUUCUCAAAAAUGUUGUGCACAAAUUUGUUUACAUCCCUGUUAGUUAGCAUUUCUCCUUUGCCAAGAUAAUCCAUCCACCUGACAGGUGUGGUAUUUCAAGAAGCUGAUUAAACAGCAUGAUCAUUACACAGGUGCACCUUGUGCUGGGGACAAUAAAAGGCCACUCUAAAAUGUGCAGUUUUGUCACACAACACAAUGCCACAGAUGUCUCAUGUUUUGAGGGAGCGUGCAAUUGGCAUGCUGACUGCAGGAAUGUCCACCAGAGCUGUUGCCAGAGAAUGUAAUGUUAAUUUCUCUACCAUAAGCUGCCUCCAACGUCGUUUUAGAGAAUUUGGCAGUACGUCCAACUGGCCUCACAACCGCAGACCACGUGUAACCACGCUAGCCCAGGACCUCCACAUCCGGCUUCUUCACUUGCGGGAUCGUCUGAGACCAGCAACCCGGACAGCUGAUGAAACUGUGGGUUUGCACAAACUGUCAGAAACCGUCUCAGGGAAGCUAAUCUGCGUGCUCGUCGUCCUCACCAGCGUCUUGACCUGACUGCAGUUCGGCAUCGUAGCCGACUUCAGUGGGAAAUGCUCAUCUUCGAUGGCCACUGGCACGCUGGAGAAGUGUGCUCUUCACGGAUGAAUCCUGGUUUCAACUGUACUGGCCGUCGUGUGGGCGAGCAGUUUGCUGAUGUCAACAUUGUGAACAGAGUGCCCCAUGGUGGCGGUGGGGUUAUGGUAUGGGCAGGCAUAAGCUACGGACAACAAACACAAUUGCAUUUUAUCUAUGGCAAUUUGAAUGCACAGAGAUACCGUGACGAGAUCCUGAGGCCCAUUGUCAUGCCAUUCAUCCGCCACCAUCACCUCAUGUUUCAGCAUGAAAAUGCACUACCCCAUAUGGCAAGGAUCUGUACACAAUUCCUGGACAACAUUUCACAGGCCACAAUCAACAGCCUGAUCAACUCUAUGCGAAGGAGAUGUGUCGCACUGCAUGAGGCAAAUGGAGAUCACACCAGAUACUGACUGGUUUUCUGAUCCACGCCCCUAUUUUUUUUUACAUGCCCCUACUUUAUUUUUUUAAAAGGUAUCUGUGACCAACAGAUGCAUAUCUGUACUCCGAGUCAUGUGAAAUCCAUAGAUUAGGGCCUAAUGAAUUUAUUUCAAUUGACUGAUUUCUUUAUAUGAACUGUAAAAUCUUUGAAAUUGUUGCAUGUUGCGUUUAUAUUUUUGUUCAGUGUAGUAAAGUCGAUUUGGCUUGGGAUAAAUGGCUGGAUUGAUAAUGCUAGUGUUACUUAGUCUUGAGGAGUUGAUCUGUAUUGUAUGAAAAAGCAAAAGCCUUGUACAGUGUAUAUCAGGGCUAUUCAACUAUAUUAUUUUGGGAGCCAGAUGUAAAAAAGGUUAAUUGCAGUGGGGCCGGACUUUUUCCACAUGCGAUUAUUCUGUAUAAAACUGCAACGCACAGCCACCAAUAAAUAACUUUUCCUAAAAUGAAAUGUUGCUAAAAGUAAUUAGGAAAGAAGUGGAGGCCGCUCAACCGUCUAGGUGCAACCAAAAAAUUUGAUCAUAAUUGUAAAGGAAAAGGCUCAACGCUCGCUCAUAAUUGUUUUUAUUUCAUUUAAACAACUAUUAAACACUUCUUUAAAAUAAUUAGGUCAUUUUAAAAUAAUCUAAAAACUAAGCAUCUCAAUAAAUAACACAAAGAUACACAUGGCCAAAAGUAUGUGGACACCUGCUCGUCAAACAUCUCAUUCCAAAAUCAUGGGCAUUAAUAUGGAGUUCGUCCCCCCUUUGCUGCUAUAACAGCCUCCACUCUUUUGGGAAGGCUUUCCACUAGAUGUUGGAACAUUGCUGCUGGAACUUGCUUCCAUUCAGCCACAAGAGCAUUAGUGAGGUUGGGCACUGAUGUUGGGUGAUUAGGCCUGGCUCGCAGUCGGCGUUCCAAUUCAUCCCAAAGGUGUUUGAUGGGGUUGAGGUCAGGGCUCUGUGCAGGCCAGUCAAGUUCUUCCACACCGAUCUCAACAAACCAUUUCUGUAUGGACUUCGCUUUAUGUACGGGGCAAUUGCCAUGCUGAGACAGGAAAGGGCCUUCCCCAAACUGUUGGAAGCACAGAAUCAUCUAGAAUGUAAUUGUAUGCUGUCGCGUUAAGAUUUCCCUUCACUGAAACUAAGGGGCCUAGCCCAAACCAUGAAACUGCCCCAGACCAUUAUUCCUCCUCCACCAAACUUUACAGUUGGCACUCUGCAGUCGGGCAGGUUGCGUUCUCCUGGCAUCCUCCAAACCCAGAUUCGUCCAUCGGACUGCCAGAUGAUGAAGCGUGAUUCAUCACUGCAGAGAAUGCAUUUCCACUGCUCCAGAGUUCAAUGGCGGCGAGCUUUAAACCACUCCAGCCUACACUUGGCAUUGCGCAUGGUGAUCUUAGGCUUGUGUGCGGAUGCUUGGCCAUGGAAACCCAUUUCAUUAAGCUCCCGAUGAACAGUUAUUGUGCUGACGUUGCUUCCAGAGGCAGUUUGGAACUUGGCAGUGAGUGUUGCAACCUAGGACAGACGCGCUUCAGCACUUGGCGGUCCCGUUCUGUGAGCUUGUGUGGCCUACCACUUCGCGGCUGAGCCGUUGUUGCUCCUAGACGUUUCCACUUCACAAUUACAGCACUUACAUUUGACCGGGGUAGCUCUAGCAGGGCAGAAAUUUGACGAACGGACUUGUUGGAGAGGUGGCAUCCUAUGACGGUGCCACGUUGAAAGUCACUGAGCUCUUCAGUACGGGCCAAUCUACUGCCAAUGUUUGUCUAUGGAGAUUGCAUGGCUGUGUGCUCGGUUAUAUACACCUGUCAGCAACGGGUGUGGCUGAAAUAACCGAAUCCACUCAUUUGAAUACGUGUCCUCAUACUUUUGGCCAUGUAGUGUAUGUCAUAUCAGGUAAUGCCAAAUUCCAGUCUGAAGGAACUAUGCUUUGAAUUCAUUCCCCUCAGUCAUUAGGUGCGUUUUUUGUCACACUCCCUUCUAAGGGGUCCUUGUGACUAUCAGAGAGGGAAACAGAAGGCACGUAUGUGUUCCUUAGAGUCGUAGCUUUCAAGAAUGGAGUCAUAAUAUUUUGUAGCUUAAACGGUUCAAACGCUAGAGCCAAAUUCAUAUGAAGAAACAGUUAUCAACAUGCCAUAUAGGCGCUAAAAAACACUAAAAACCAAUAGAAACCACACUAGACAACCACCAAAGUUCUUGUCAUUUUGGCACUGAACAUCGGAUUUGGGCAGUUUUUUUCUCCUCCAGAUAUUUGAUUAAUGUUCUGAAUUCAUCAAAGGAUCAGUAUAAAUUAAUAAACGUUACGGAUCUGGCCCGCGGGCAGCCAGUUGAAUAGCCCUGGUGUACAUUAUACCAAGCCAGAGACUAACUCCUCCUCCCUUCCAGGGCCAGAUUACGGAUCGGAUGGAAUCCCAUGAUGAAGCUCCUAAUAUCCUGCAGCAGCCCCUGGCCCUGGGCUACUUUGUGUCCACAGCCAAAGCCGGCCCACUGCCUGACUGGUUCUGGUCAGCCUGCCCUCAAGCUCAGAACCAGUGUCCUCUUUUCCUCAAGGUAUACCUGUCAGACAACCUCCGCCAGCCCUCACUCCUGGAUUAUAAUAUGUAUUCUGAUUUUAUGCUAGCUAGCUUGAAGUACUUUUUAAUGGUCUUUUUUUUUAAGGAUUGUUUUUUACUGACAGGAGUUGACAGACUGAAGCUUGCGGUUGGAAUAUCAAACACUCAGAGUUAAUUGAAACAUCAUUUUCUUUUAACCUAUAAUAAUAUUCACUUGCUCUGGAUGUCAGUGAUUGACUGAUGUUUGCUCUGGUAUUACUGUGUGAAUGGCUUAACUAGGCCUGUCACUGACUCCCUUUGUGUCUUGUAUUUUCUUUGCUCAGGCCUCUUUGCACCUCCAUGUGUCUUCAGUGCAAUCAGAUGAACUGCUGCACAGCAAACACUCCCACCCCCUUGACUCCAAUCAGACCUCAGACGUACUCAGGUAAACACACACCCACUCUGCAGUCAAACAGUGAAUCUCAUCCACAGCUCAGCCAUUGAAGAUAUUUAAAAAAUGUUCUAGCCUAUCUGUGUAUCUAAAGUGCUUAUAAAAGAGAGAGUGAAGUAUUCCACUUGAUCUCAAGGUUUGUGCUCUCUUUGAGAGGUGUUCAUUGUGAAUAACACAUGCUGUAUCCAAUUUGUAAGUCGCUCUGGAUAAGAGCGUCUGCUAAAUGACUUAAAUGUAAAUGCAUCUCUCCUCCUCCCUCUCUCCUCCUCCGCCUCCCUCUCUCUCUUAUCUCUCCUCCCCCCUUCAGAUUUGUGCUGGAGCAGUACAACGCCCUCUCUUGGCUGACAUGUGACCCCGCGACGCAGGACCGGCGCUCCUGUCUGCCCAUCCACUUUGUGGUGCUCAACCAGAUGUACAACUUCAUCAUGAACAUGUUGUAA